UUUGUUUACUUCACGGUCUGACGGUAUUCCCGGUCUGACCGCUGGCCUUGUGAAAGUUAAGGUUCAUUAUUCAAUGUAUCUGUGGAGGAACCAUGAAUGAUUGCGCUGUCGUGAUGUGGCUCUUAUCCGUAUCUCUCCUGCUCCUAAGAUGUGUACCAUCCUCUGCUCGUACACUGACGUCUGAAGAUGACCGUUGCGGUGGACCAUACAAUCCGUCACCAAAAGAGAGCUUGAUGGUCACGCACACUGAGCCCUUUAAGUCCGGAAUAUGUCGGGAUAUGUCCUUCAGUGGCUGGGACUAUGAUAACAGUGUCGAACGGGAAGUGUGUGUAAGAGUAACGGACUAUAAAAUGGACUGCUCCCAGAAGUUGGAAUACAGAGAGGGCGGAAGCAGGGGCAAUCCAUCUAAAAGUUAUGACUGCAAUGAUAAGGCAUCUACUAUUCCAAUACUCUGCACGUAUGAGCUUUUAUAUAUUCGGAUAGAUGGUGACGAACCGAGCGAUUAUACACGAGUACUUUACACGGUGUACAGCGGGCAAGAAAAGUCCAGUGAAGAAGGAUCCUUCUCAAUUUUUGCCAUUCUUGGUCCUCUGAUAAUUUUGGCAGUAUGUGUCUGUGUGUGUAUAUUCGUUUUUUAUAUACGCCGGAAGACAGCCACUCAACUUCCGAACCGGGGAGGGGCGGCUUUAUAUAACCCCGGCCAACAACCACAAGUCAACGUACAUCACUACUAUCACACAGUUCAAAAUCAGGACGUGCCUCCAAAUCAGAACCCAGGCCAAGGCCAGCCUUACCCCCCUGAAGGUUACAGCAUGCCAUCCCAAAUAUCCACACAGUUACCAAAUUACGCUACCCCUAACGCACCUGUUGCGUACCCGUUAGCUCCCGGACAACAAAUAAUCCCCCCGCAGUCGGCCACAAGCGUCCAGUCAUCAUCCGGUGGUCCGCCAUCGUACGAUGAGGUCACGAAGCAAAAGCUGUGAUGUAGCACAGAGACAUACAAGAAAUCAUAUUGACGCAAGCGUCAAAUGGGCCGCAAAAAUAUAACUGUUGUAUGAUUCACCAUUGGUUGUAAGUUGGUUGUACUAAUUUUAAUGGUAGAUUUUAAUUUUAAUUACAUGUACUAUAUUUUCAGCAACUCGUUUUGAAUUUUAACAUUUUACUAUUAUUGUUAAGAAUAGAGUUCGAUCAUUUUUUUUCUUAAUGGAAUUAUAAAUUUAUCUAUACUACAGUUUAUAAAGAUAAUCAUUGUUAUUUCAAAAGAAUUAAAAAAUAAAUCAGGCUAGCUCAAAUUUUCAGGUCCAUACAAAUUUUCAGUUCUUUCAUAUUUUUGCGUAAAAAAGGAUAUGGAUGUCAUUUUCUACCACAAAGGACAUGGCAAUAUAAUACAUUCACACACAAAGUCAUUUUAUUUGAAGCAGCACAUCGAAAUUCAAAUACAUCAUGUAUAUAAAAGUUCAUGUCAUUCAGUUCUUAAGUAUUUCAGGUCGUUAGUAUGUCCCGUAUACCGAUCCCGAUACAAUGGAAAACUCCGAAAUUUUCCGAACGGAUUAUAGUCUCGAUAAAACGCGUCUAACACGACAGUGUAUGACCAACUUUUCAUUUACGAGCAAAACAAAAUUAUGUUAUAUUUUUAAAAGGCAUAAAACAUAUUUCUACAUGCAAUUUUACUUUUAAAAGGCGGCCCGUAAUAAUACUUAGCAUCCAGAAAAAGAGCAUGAAGUAGAUCACGAAUCUGAAGUGUUCCGAACGGUUGUGCACAAAAUAUGCAACAAAUGUAAACGAAGCUACCACUGGAUGCUUUCUCUCAGUGACCUUGAAGUUGCCUUUUCGACCUUUAAUUUUUAAUAGUAUUUUUAAGUACAUUUGUUUCAUACAAAUUGUUUAAGUAAAAAAAUGCAUAUUAUGUGUAAAGUUUUAUUUGCUGUAGCUCGCUCUUCAUCUAGCUGUUGUUGUGUUGUUAACAUUUUGUAUAAUUGUACAAUUUGUAUAUUUCUACCUUAGUUGUUCUUGUCACUUUUAUUUUUAUACACGUAUACUUAAUGUUGAUCCUGUUACGAUAUUACUAUAUUUACAGUGUAACUAUUACCAGUAUUUUAUCAUUAAACAGAAUAUUUUACCCUAAUCUGUCAGUCUGAUCCUGUACAGAUAUAGGAUUAUCAAUAGU